UCACUUUCUCUUUGCUCUACAAUGUCUAUCAUUCAAACCAACCUCAUAAAAAGGAGAAUCCAGUUCUAGGGACUUUUUAAACGAAGCUCGUCUUGUCCAUUUGUCAUGGAUUUUGCGCCAAAUUUGGUGGUUGUGUUUUUGUUCUCUCUCAUAUUUCCAAUAGCAAAUGCAGAAAAGGAAGAAGUGAUACAGGCACUAGUCCGGUUCAUGGGGGAACUUUCUCCUCCUGAGAAUGUGCAAAGACGCGCGAAUUGGGGUUGGAAUGUGAGCUCAGACCCCUGCACUGCCAAAUGGGAAGGCGUGGACUGUGGCACGCGUUUACAGUCCGUGAAAAAGAUCGUUCUUGAAGGCUACAAUUUCACUGGAUUUCUUGAUGCCGGUUCUCUCUGCGUCACAACAUCCCUUGUUCACCUUAGUCUGAUUGGCAACAAUGUCAGUGGAGGGAUACCAACAGAUAUGGCAAAUUGCAAGCACUUUACUCACCUGUAUCUAGGCGGGAAUCGCUUCUCAGGAAGCCUUCCGGCCUCUCUCUCCCAGCUUAGCAAUUUGAAAAGGCUUGACAUAUCCAACAAUGACUUCUCUGGUGAGCUGCCUGAUCUGCCUAGAAUUUCAGGACUGCUAACCUUCCUUGCUCAAGAUAAUCAGCUCAGUGGAGAAAUUCCGAAAUUCGAUUUCUCUAAUCUCCAAACAUUCAAUGUCUCAAACAACAAUUUCAGUGGUCCAGUUCCGGAUGUCAAUGGCCGUUUUGGUGCAACCAGUUUUUUGGGUAAUCCUGGAUUAUGUGGACAACCAUUGUCAAAUACAUGUCCAGUGGCUCCACAGCCUCCACAGGCUAAAGAAUUGAAAGGUUCCUCCUCAAAGAACCGGUUCCUUAUCUACACCGGCUAUGUUAUUAUUGGCGUCAUCAUUGUGCUCCUCAUUGCCAUCAAAUUGCUCAAGAAAAAGAAGCCAAGAGAUAGAGAGGGUACUGGUGUUGUAAACAAAGGAGUAAAAGUAGAUAAUAUUAGCACCAAUACUACUAGUAGUACUUCCAGUGAGUUCAAGACCGGAAAGAGCAGGUCAGAGUACUCCAUAACAUCAGCUGAAAGCGGAAUGGCCUCAUCUUCACUCGUGGUUCUAACAAGUCCGGUGGUGAAUGGGCUGAGAUUCGAGGAACUGCUUCGAGCUCCAGCUGAACUACUUGGGAGAGGAAAGCACGGAAGCCUCUACAAGGUCAUAAUUAACAAUGGAGCGAACCUUGUUGUGAAACGGAUAAAGGAUUGGAGAAUUUCAGCUCAAGACUUCAAAAAGAGGAUGCAGAGGAUAGACCAAGUUAAGCAUCCUAAAGUACUGCCAGUGGUGGCCUACUAUUGCUCCAAGCAAGAGAAGCUUUUGGUUUAUGAAUUCCAGCAGAAUGGCAGUCUCUUCAGCCGCCUCCACGGAUCCCAAAAUGGCCAGUCAUUUGACUGGGGAAGCAGACUAAAUGUGGCUGCUGGUGUUGCUGAGGCUUUGACUUGCAUGCACGAGGAGCUCCGCGAAGAUGGGAUUGCUCAUGGUAACCUUAAAUCCUCCAACAUAAUGCUGAACAAGGACAUGGAUCCAUGUAUCAGUGAGUAUGGCCUAACGGUGGUUGAAAGUCAAGACAGAUCAUUCCUCGCUAAUACUUCCAAGAACAGCGAUCCAACUGGUGGCCGUGCAUAUAGCACCUUCAAGGUAGACAUUUAUGGCUUUGGAGUGAUCCUUCUUGAGCUGCUGACUGGAAAGAAUGUCCAGAACAGUGGGCUUGAUUUGGCUAAAUGGGUGCACUCCGUGGUUCGCGAAGAAUGGACUGUUGAGGUCUUUGACAAGGUGCUUCUCUCGGAAGGUGCUAGUGAAGAGAGGAUGGUGAACUUGUUGCAGGUGGCAUUGAAGUGCAUAAAUCCUUCUCCAGCUGCUAGGCCAAGUAUUAAUCAAGCUGCUUUAAUGAUAAACACUAUAAAGGAUGAGGAAGAGAGAUCCAUAUGCUCUGACCCUUGAUACAUAGCUCAAACGCAUGCUUGUGAGAAACCUGUGGAAAAUGUGAAAAGUAUAAAUUUAUCAUGGAUUCAUUUGUCUA